AUGGCAGCUGAGAUCGGCUUCGUCCAGCAGUGCCUCUUCUGCGGAUCCUACUCUGUGUGGGCGGUGGAUGCUUUGGACCCUGCGGAGGUCUCACUUAGAGCUGCUGUGCAAGGCCAGAAAGUCUUGCAGAAGGAUGUCCACGCUGCGCAGGAGGAGCUUCUUCAGGAGGCCCAGCGCCGGUUCCUGCGCGAGGCGGAGGCAGAUGAAAGAUACGCCCUGCUGCCCUGCAGCACUUGCAUCGAGAUCUUGGACGGGAAGCUCUUUGCAGCCUGGUUGGACGACAGGGCCAACUGCGAAAGGCCUACGCCGCUGUGUCCCCACCUCGCCGUGACGUUCGAAGAAGGAGAAGCGCCUCCUGCCUACGUGCGCAAGGCGGGAAAGUGGACGCUGGCCCAAGGAGUAGGGCCCAAGGAUCUGGAAGUGAAGCUUCCCUUUCAACUGCCUGCUGGUCAGUUCAAGAUGCUGUUGCCCCCACUGACGGCAGCGCUGAGACCGCCCUGCUGGCAGCCUGCCAAAGGCGGAAAGACGGAGCCCGAGCCGCCAGAGGUCUGGCAGGAGAGGCAAGCUCUGCUCGAGCGCUUCUUGGCUCUGGUGGGCCUUGAGGUUGCUGUGUCGACUUCGAAGGCAACGGCGCGGCUGCGGGCCCCCCCGAUCGGCCAGGUGCUGCCCUCUAUGGCUACGAUGAGGUCAGCCGCAGAGGCGGAGGCAGCCAAGCGAUACAAGAAGGCCCCAGGCGCGCCAUGCCCGGGCGCCCGCUACGUCCGGGUGCCCUUGCUCGCGGAAGCCCAGGUGAUCUUCCCCUUGGUGGAAAGUGAGCUGGAAGACUUGCAAUUCGGAGCGUCAUUCUCCAGCGACUAUGACAAGAGCUCGGUGGACGUUGCGUCGGCAUCAGUGGCGCCUGGCCUCGGUUCGUAUCCACCGAGCAUUGGGGCCAAAAACCUGGCGGAGGUGAUGGAGCCCAAGUGCGACGCCAAUCUGAACAGCUGGCAGUUCAAGUCCUGUCAGCUCCUCUCCAGACAGGCCUUUGGGCAUUGGAAGGUGGAGAUCCUGGUGAAUGCCCUGUCGGCUAUGAAGGCGCCGGUGGAUUUGGUGUGCGUCCGCUGCCCGGCGGACGUGAACCAUCGAGCCGGGUACUCGCCGAAGCACAACCGCAUUUGGAUGUGCGCAAACCGAUUCUGGAACCCCUUCGAGUUCCGGAGAGUGCUGGUCCAUGAGCUGACCCACGCCUUUGACUUUGCGCGCGCCAAGGUGGAUACUGGCUCUUGCGUCCACAUGGCCUGUACCGAGAUCCGGGCCUGGAACCUCAGCGGCGAGUGCGACUUGUGGCCCAACACCUUCAGGUUUCUGGGCGAGGACAUGAUCAACCGGAAGCAGCGGUGUGUGCGGGAGGGCGCUCUCGCCUCCUUGUUGGAAAACGAGCGGUGCCAGGACUCCUAUGUCGCGCAUGCGGCGCUUCAGGAGGCCUGGGGCCCUUGCUGGAAGGAUUAUUGGCCCUUCACGACCAAGCCAGAUUUGGACACCCGCUACCGCCAGUCCCCGAUGCUCAGAUGA